AUGGAAAAUACAAAUGACACCACGGGAAUAAACUUCAUUCUUUUAGGACUCCUUAACUACACACAAACCCAUCUAUUCUUCUUUUCUGUGGUGCUCAUGACCUUCCUCACCUCCCUGAUGAGCAAUAUCUUCAUGAUCAUGCUCAUUCACAUGGAUUCCCGGCUGUGCACACCGAUGUACUUCCUGCUUAGCCAGCUCUCCCUCAUGGACGUGAUACUGGUCCUCACUGUUGUUCCCAAAAUGGUAAGCAACUACCUGAUGCACAUCAGGUCUAUCUCUCCUGCUGGCUGUGGUGUCCAGAUCUUCCUGUUUGUCAGUCUGGAAGGGGGCGAGUGCUUUCUCUUAGCGGCCAUGGCCUAUGACCGCUAUGUGGCCGUAUGUCACCCCCUGAGAUACCCGAUCCUCAUGAAUCAGAAGCUCUGCUUGCACAUGACAGCCGGCUCCUGGCUUUUAGGAGGGGUGGAUGGGCUGAUGCAGGCUGGUGUCACCCUGAGCUUCCCUUACUGCCACCCUCGAGAAAUCAACCACUUCUUCUGUGAGGCACCAUCGCUUGUUCGCCUUGCCUGUACGGACACCACGAUUUUCGAAUUUUUCAUGUACGUCUGCUGCGCCCUGAUGCUUUUGAUCCCAGUGUCUUUCAUUUUGGCUUCCUACGGUCUCAUCCUGAUCACUGUGCUCCGCAUGCAUUCUGCUGCAGCCAGGAAGAAAACCUUUGCUACUUGUUCUUCCCACCUGGCUGUGGUGGGGUUUUUCUAUGGCACCAUCAUAUUUAUCUACAUGCGGCCCAAAUCCUACCGUUCAGCGGCUCAUGACAAGGUAGUCUCUGCCUUUUACACCAUCUUCACACCUGUGUUGAACCCACUUAUAUACAGUGUGAGGAAUAAAGAAGUCAAGGGGGCUUUGAGAAAGUGGCUGGAGAAAUAUUUUCAGUGGUCUCUACAGCGAGCGUUAUUGGCAUAA